AUGAUCAAAUUGAAUAAUAUACUUGUGGUGCUACUUGUCACCUUCUGUCAUCUUGUUGGGGGGACAGAUCCAGAAUAUCCAUAUGAUUCAUCUUUCACCCCAAAGCAUCUUAGAUACCUUCAAAAUGAAACAAGAGAACUAUUCAACCAUGCGUGGUCAUCGUAUAUGAGUUAUGGAUUUCCAAACGAUGAAGUGAGGCCAAUUACUUGCCAGCCUUAUGGACCUGAUUUCAAGAAUAUCGAUAAUAUAGUCAGAAACGAUGCAAUGGGUAAUGUAUCUCUGUCACUUUUGGAUAACAUAGAUACUCUUAUAAUCAUGGGGAAAUGGGAUGACUUGGAGAUAGCUUUGAAUUAUCUUAAAAAUGAACAAUAUACAUUAUUUGAAAAAGACACAAUUGUUCAAGUAUUUGAAUUUACUAUCAGAUCAUUAGGUGGGCUCUUGUCGUCACACUUACUCUUGACAGAUAUCACGAAUAAUAAUAUGUUACCUAAAAAAUAUGCUAGAUUUAAAAAAAUAUGUGACGACUAUGAUGGAUUUUUAUUAGAAAUGGCAUAUAACUUGGGCUUAAAAUUAAUCCCGGCUUUCAAAACAUCAACAAAUAUACCAUCACCAAGAAUCCACUUGACAAAAGGUUUAGAGAAAGUCCCGCCAAGGCUACAAAAAGAGAAUUGUUUAUCUGGAGCGACGACUCCAGUAUUAGAAUUCACGUUGCUAUCAAAGUUGACAGGAGACCCCCAGUUUGAAUAUUACACCCAAUUGACUUUCUGGAAAUUAUGGUCACUGAGACUGCCACUAAACUUACUUCCAAUGACGAUUGAUCCUGCUUCAAAUACUUGGAUGGACUCAAUAACGGGUGUGGGUGCAUCUGUUGAUUCAUUUUAUGAAUAUGCUGUAAAAUCAUCUAUUUUAUUUGAUGAUGAGUACAUGUGGACAGUUUUUAAAGCCUCAUAUGAAGCAUUAUUAAUACAUCUGGCACAAGGUGGGGGUCCACUGGAUGGGUCAAUGAUUUUUGCAAAUAUAGACACUUAUUCUGGUACGGUAUCGUCCACUUGGAUAGAUGCAUUAGGAGGAUUUUUCCCAGGGUUACAAGUUUUAGCUGGUCAAUUGAAUGAUUCAAUAAAAACGCAUUUAAUUUACUUAAGGCUUUGGGAUCAUUUUGAUCUGAUCCCAGAAAGAUGGAAUCAUAUCUCGAAUUGGAGAAAAUUAUCUAGGAAUCCUCCAACCAAUAAGAAAAAAGUAUACAAUUCCAUACCGUUAGAGUGGUAUCCAUUGAGACCAGAAUUUAUUGAGUCAACAUAUUAUUUAUAUAGGGCUACUAAGGAUCCUAUGUAUCUACAAAUAGGAACCCGAGUGUUAGAAUUAUUGAAAACCAGAUAUAAAUCAAAGUGUGGACUCAAUGGAUUUCAAGAUAUUAGAACAGGACAAUUACAAGACCGUAUGGAGACUUUUGUUAUGAGCGAAACUUUAAAAUACCUUUAUUUAUUAUUUGAUCAUAGUAAUGAGGUUUUUUUACACAAUGAAAAAUUAAUGAAGGGUAAGAGCUGGAUAUUUUCGACUGAAGCACAUCCGUUAUGGUUUGAUAAAAGCGUUCAAUCCAGGAACGUCAAAUUAUUAAAAGACAGAAACGUUACGAGUUCAAAUUCACUUAACGAGUCUGAUCAAGCAGUAAAACUGAUUUUGAACUCAUUCUUGUCCAAAUUUCGCCAUUCAACAUCUAGCAAGUUAAUUGAAAGUACAGAUAGUCACUUGUUUUAUAGGAACGUCACGUUGGCACCAGUGCAGCGGGAAGCACUACCAGGAAUCGAAAAAAUGGAGUAUCUUGAUGUCAAACCAGGAUUUGAUGAUAGAUUCUAUGUAUGUCAACGUAACACCCCCUUCAACAAACCCACCAGGGAAUUCAUGAGUUCAGGUUACUAUACGUGGGGAAGGCUCUUCGAAGCUGAUAAAGUUUUCGAAGACUCGUUUGUUAGACCUUAUCAUUUGAAUAAAGAUGGAUUGACAAAUAGUUAUAUUGAAUUACUGCCGUCAUUCUUAUCCAAAUAUACCAUGUUUGAAAAUGGGCAAGAUGACCUUCACUUGAAAUGUGCUAGAGUAUCCACUACCAGCGAACACGAUUUAUUUAUUGGCGACCGAAACGAAAUUACCACCGUUGAAGUAUCCAAAAUCAAGUAUAAUGCUAACAUUUCAAAUAUCCCGGACGACAAGGAUUUACCAAUACUAGAAAAUGACUUAUGGGUACCGUUCUUGGACUCAUUAAGACUAAGAAUCGAAACAUUGAAACCAGGGCUAAUCGAUUCCUUCAAUGAAGAAAUCACCGAAGACUACAUUCAAUCAUUAAGACCAGACGAUUUCGACGCUGCAAAUGGUAUCUGCAAUAAAAAAGAAGCUAAGAACACUCUCAGCAACUUGUCGCUGGCAUUCAGAAUCAAAAAACUUAAUGGAAUCUUUGUAGAUUCAGGACUGGUCAUUUGGACUAGUCCCUUUGAAGUGCUGGAUUUCAUAAAAGACUCCGAACAAAGCGGCCAGCCACCGGUUCUUAACAUCGGAAGCGACUCCAGAGUCCAUUUACAAGGCACAGUCAUCGAAAACCUCAUGGUCUGGCCCGGCCCAAACUUGUAG